AUGGAGGUGAGGGCAAAAAGCGCACAAUCAGUUCAGAAAACAUUUCAUUUCACAUAAAGUUACAGAUUGAAGAAGAUCGACUUGGAAUGCGAAUUCAAUCGGAGACCAUCGAGUUGACGAAAGACGCGAAAGGAGUAGUGGGAAUUUCUAUAGGUUCGCAUCUUGUUUUUGCACGCAGAGCUCAUGAUUACUUUUCAGGCGGAGGCGGUCCAUAUUGUCCGUGUGUUUACGUCGUUCAGGUUUUCGACAAGUCGCCCGCUUACAAAGACGGACGGAUUCGAUGCGGCGACGAGAUUGUCGCGGUGAACGGGAUUACGGUGAAAGGAGAGAGAAAGUCGGCGGUGGCGCAAUUGAUUCAAGUCAGUUUGAAUCCAGUUAAGGUGAGGAGAGGAGUACCGUGGAGCGUUUUCAAUUUCGGUUUGAAGAUCACAAUAAACAAGCUGGACGAUGUGAACACAAAGGGCAAAACGCUGGAUAUAUUGAUAAAGAAGGUGAAGCACAAAGUGGUGGAAUUCAUGGAUCAAGACUCGGCAGACGCGCUCGGGCUCUCACGGGCCAUCCUCACAAAUGACCCAUUAGCGGAAAAGGAAAAGAUUCUGGAGGAAAACGCGGAGUUCUACAGACACCUCGUCGCGUAUUUCGGUGACAUGUUCCAGUAUCAGCAGAAGAUUUCCGAAUGCCAAAAUGAGUUUGGAUCGAUAUUCUGCGACCUGGCUGCCCAUGAAAAGCAGCAAACAGCCAACGAAGCAUUCAGCGCAUUUGGCGACAAACAUCGGAUGAUUGCGAAGAAGCAGGCGGAAUCAGCGAUCCCGCUUCAGAAGAUGGUAUCGGAUCUUCAGGUCUAUAUUGAUCAUGUGGUGCCUGACACGAGAUUGACUAUUAAAAAGUAUUUGGAUGUGAAAUACGAGUACCUUUCGUACUGUCUGAAGCUCAAGGAAAUGGAUGAUGAGGAAACGGAGUUCAUUGCCAUCCAGGAACCACUUUAUAGGGUGGAGACCGGAAAUUAUGAGUACAGGUUUGUGAGCACUAUUUUUUGCUUUUUUUUUAAUCAUAUUCCCUCAGAAUGAUGCUGCGGUGUCGUCAAGAAUGCCGUCAAAGAUUCAUGAAAAUGCGAGACGACGUCAUGGUCAAAAUAGAACUUUUGGAUCAGAAACACGUUAGAGACAUUGCCCAACACCUGGCAACAUUCGCAAAGACGAUGGCGAAGUGUCAACAAGAUUGCGCGGAUAUUCUGAAAGACCGAAUCGACGUUCCAAUCGAAAUAGACCUGGAGCAAUUGAAUCUGAGCGUGAGCUCCAGACAGAGCGGAAGUGUCGAAGUGGCGGAGGAGGCUGUUCCGGUGAUCCACGAUGAUCCGUUAGAGGGAGACCUUUUAGAGUUGGACGAUCUUGAGACAAAAGUUUGUUUGCCACGAAGUGACAGUUGGGGUGACACUUCACAACGGCUUCUGGGAUCCGAUUCGCCGACGGAGGAGUUGUCACUCAUUGACAUCAGUUGA